AUGGCAUCGUAUACUGACAUUGACGAUAAAACCGAUGUUGAGGCUGUUUCUCAUUGGCUUUCGAAGUUUCUGAACGACCCUUCUGCUGCGACUUCACUGACAUUGCCAGAAAAGACCGAGCUUGUAAACGCCCUUAUAUCUGAUCUUGAUGUCCAGCAGGCCUGGAGUGAUGAAGUGCGUUUAUUGGCUUUGCAGACAUUAAAAAUACUAGGACGUGUUGUCGACGGUUGCGGUCGUCUGCUGUCUGACGAGGGUUUUCGCAUACUUAUGACUCUCGCGACGCUAUUACCUGAGGGUGGCGAUCUUCAAGACACUCUUGUCACACAGGAGGCAUUGACUUGUAUAGCUAACGCAUUGCUGCUAGAAGAAGAUACGCGAGAUCUGUUUAACAAGUAUGAAGGCGUUGAGGGCUUGACGAGAGGACUCAAGAAAGGAUCCCUCUCGAUUAAGACAGAAUUCCUCACAUCUCGUAUUCUUUUUGUAAUGACAGUACGUCCAUUACCCUCUGUUGAGAGUCUAGUUGAUCGUCUUGGUAUAAUUGAUAUUUUGGAACAUACUGUAUCCACUCACGUUGAAGAAUUGGGCCGGCAAGAGUCUAGUGGGGAUGUACCAAUGCAAAUAACGAGGGUCAUGAUUUUAAAUGAGCAAUUGAAAUUGUUGUUCAAUCUGAUGAUGAAUGAUCCUAAGAUCGAGAAGGUAAACAAAGAGGAACAGCCAGCCAUUUCUUUCAAAUUCGAAAAACUUCUAGCACCUGUCCUUAGAGUAAUUACCGAGCUCAAGCAAUCGGGGCCUUUUCCAAUGACACCACCACACUCUCACGCUGUUCACGCUCUUCUAAACUUUCCUGUCGCACAAUACAAAAAAGUAUGGUUUCCAGAUAACCAGAAAGAAGGCGAAAGCCACCUGCUCAUUGAUAAACUAGUAGAUAUGUUGAAGAAAAUGGUAUUCUUUAUAGUUAAAGGCGACCCUGAUGAUAACAAUAGUGGGAAGAGCAAUGGACUUGAUAUGGAUGAGGCUAUUGCUCCUUUUGUUGUGCUACUGAAGAAGUUGGCGGAGGAUGAUUAUGAUGCUAGAGUGAUGUUAAAGUCGAAACUGCUGCCAGAUAAUAUUGACCGUUCUAAGCCACUCGAAAAAGGGGAAAGCCUUACGGCACGGCUUAUUCGUCUUAUGACUUCAGUCAUGCUACCACAUCUGCGUGACGGUGUGAGUGAAUUGUUGUUUAAACUAUGUGAUGAGAAUGCGAGUCUAUUUGUUCAUCAUGUUGGAUAUGGUAACGCAGCUGGAUUCCUAAUGAGUCACAAUAUCACAAUACCGUCAAGUGAUCCAACUGCUCCGAUAUAUAGCGAGAAGCCCAUCAACCCUAUCACUGGUCAAUAUAUGGAGGAUGCACCGCUAUCUCUUGCUAACAUGACAGAUGAAGAGAAAGAACGGGAGGCGGAACGUCUUUUCGUUCUGUUCGAGCGCCUCAAAAAAACAGGCGUUAUGGACGUAGUCAAUCCUGUUCAAGAAGCGAUUAAUUCGGGGAAGAUUCGUGAGAUUGAAGAGAGGAUUGCUAAAAAGGAGGUCGACGACGACGAUGAUUAG